UCAAAAAAUUACAAAAAACGUAAAUUUUAAGUUAUUAAUUUAACAAAAUCUUAAAAAAAUGUGUGCGUGUAGCUUUUGCCCAACUUGCCCGGCAAUUUUGCCAUGUGGUACGGGACCAUGCAGAUACUCAUGUCCUCCACCGUGUCCUUGCUGUCAGCCAUGCUGUCCACCACCAGUGCCAUGUACCCCGUGUCCGCCAUGCAAGUGCUGCCCAGUUUUUCGACAGUGUCCAGCGCCUGUAAUCCCCGACUGUGUGCCACCUAUCGUGCCAAUAUUACCGCCCUGUAGACCUAGGAGGUGUCCACCACCUGAACCGUGCCCACCUCCUCCGCCUCCACCAGUUUGUUGUCCACCCGUUUUGCCUUGCGCUCCUCCACCGCCACCGUGUGAUCCACCUCCGGUUUGCCCGUGUCCCGAACCAACACCAUGCUACCAACCAGUGUUGCCAUGCUGUAACCCACAAUGUCCUCCACCUAUUAUACCUAAACAGCGUCCCAUUUGUCCUCGAGCUCCACCUUGUCCUUACCCAUGUCUUCCAGUGUGUCGAAGCUGUUGUCCGCAUUGUGAACUUGACCCGGUGACACGUCGCCGACCUUUAAUAGUUCAUGACAGUGUGUUCCACACCAGAAAGACUGGAUUGCCUGCCGAGUGCUUUACCAGGACUUCUCCAAAUAUACGAUAUAAAGUAGAAAACUAUGUGAGACAGGGUCCUUACUCAUGUUGUUGGCAUCCAGUACCAGUUCCUCUGUGCUAAGAAAUGUUUGCUCGUGUUUAUAUUUACUGUGCUAUGUGCUAUGUAGCCUGUAUGAUGUUGAAUUGAAAUCAAAUACUAAAGUGAUG